UUAGAACAUUGGACUCUGAAUCCGACAGCCCAAGGUAGAACUGAAGGUCUGUUAUCCCCUCAGCUGAUCUUAAUCCUCGACCACUCGACCAGUAAAAGAGACCGAAAGAAAGAGGAGAGAGAGACUGGUAAAGGAGGAGAAACAUGAAGGCAGUUGCAACUUCAACACCAUCUCCAUCCCUCUUCUUCUGUCAUCACCCUUUUAACAAUUCAUCUCCCCAAUUCUUACACUUGAAAUCUCCCCAUCAACAGCAAAGACUUGGCCUAUUCAUAACUCUCUCAUCUUCAACCUCAUCUUCAUCAGUUGUUGAACAACAAGAUUCACCUCUUCCUUCUACCAAUGAUUCUGAUUCUCUUCCUUCAAAUUUCAGUGGUUGUAAAGGAUGUGGUAAAGAGGAAAUAGAAAGUGGCUGCAAUGGCGAGGGGCGUAUUCAAGGUGGAAUUGCUACAAUCCCAGGCUUUGGUUGGUGGCCAAUAAAGGCUUAUAGGCCUUGUCCUGGUUUUCUUGCAUCUGGUGGCAACUACAGGCGACGAGGUCAGAGCAUGGAUGAGGUAGCCUUUGGAGGGGGGAAAAGGCAAGCUUCCAUGGAUGAUUUUGAUGACUCUGAGUCAAAGAAGAAAGGAAAGAAUAGAAAGCAAUUCAAGGGAUGAGAAUUCAUCAUCAAAUCGACCCUGUGAAGGCUGUGAAUCUGUGAUCCAGAGUUGUGCUUGCAAAAGUGAUGCUUUCAAGUUCACCUGUGUCUAGGGGUGACAGCCACUGGUUAAAUUUUGUAAAUUGCCAAUGCAAAUGUAUAGAAUUUUAUAGCGUAAACCUCCCCUCUGGAGAAAACUUAUAAGUUGCCCUAGAUAUGUUCCCUUGAUGAAUAUAAAGUCCCUAAAUUGCUUUUUUUACAUUACAUUUUGAGUUUUUGUCGUCGAGGUUGGAAGAAAAGUUCAUGAAAAUGAGCAAAGGCCAUAAGAAGCCAAUCAGAGUUGGCUAAAGGUUACUCUGUAUUUCCAAAGAAAACAAAAUAAAUCAGAGUUGGUUAGAAAUUC